GCCCAUUCAUAACCUUCAGGUAGAGCUUCACCUUUACUGGCCUCAACAUGAACUUCACGAGAUCUGCAAGAAACAUAACAUUUCCCUUACUUCGUACGCCACUUUGGGAUCACCAGGACGAGCAAACUUCAUGGCUGACAAAUUUGGAUGGAAGGAAGCUCCACAGGAUCUGGAGGACGCGAAUGUGAAGCAGUUGGCUAAGAAGUACAACAAAACUCCUGCUCAGAUUCUGCUACGCUACGCCGUGGACCGAGGAAUCGCCAUCAUUCCGAAAUCCGUAAAACCUAAACGAGUAGUCGAAAACUUCUCGAUAUUCGACUUUUCGUUGACCAACGACGAAAUUAAACUGCUCGAUCGUAUAACUAAAACAGUCGGCCAAGGCUCUUCCAGACGCAUUUGUGAUUUUCGACGCCCAUUCCCUGUUUGUCAAUACAACUCUAGGCAUGAUUGGUCACCCAGAGGAUCCAUUCAAAAACGAGAGGAAAGCCUUGAAGCGAAGUUUCAAACUGAUUCGGCUCAAACAUCUACCAUGUUCUGCUCCCGCUCCGCACAUUUUCUGAUGACAACCCCAUUCCGUAGCCUUCUGUUUUGA